UCGAUUUGCAUUCGAUUGAGUUGCGUCGACCGAUGCAGUUGAUUGCGUUUAUAUACUCUGCAUUCAUGUGUUUGUUAUUAAAUAAAUAUUAUUCGUAUAGUUAAAGAAAGUAACAUAGAAACAUGUUAUUAAUAACUUUAUAAAAGUUUAUAUUUAUAAUUAGUAAAAAUCAAAGUGUGCCCAUCAGUGAUUUAUAAUAAAUAUUUAUAUUUAGUGAUACUAUUUAUAACAGUGUUAGUUAAGAAACGGAUCAAGUGUAAUUUGGAAUUGCUUAAUAAACCCGUGCCAUUAUGGAUUCGAAGUAUAUAUUGAAAAAGAAAAAUCCGAACGAGAGUGCCAACUUCAUUUCCAAAAUUUUGGUUACAUGGACAAUUAGCAUAUUCAAAACGGGAUAUAAAAAUGGAGUCAAUAUAGAAGACAUUUGGCAAACUCGACAGAGCGACCUCUCAGAAAAACUAACAGAUCGAUUGGAGAUUGCUUGGCAAAAUGAACUAAACAAAGCCAAAAAAUCAAAGAACUACAAACCGUCGCUUUCCAUAGCUAUCGCCCGAACAUUUUGGCUAGAAUACAUGAUAUCUGGGAUUAUUGUUGGACUCACUUUCAUCGUGGUCUUCCCACUAAUCCCAUAUACACUGGGAUAUUUUAUAGAAUAUUUUGCUGGACCAAGAACCUCUGAAAAUUAUAAAAAUGCUCAUAUUUAUGUAUUUCUCAUAAAUUUAUUUAGUGUUGGAACACUGUUGUUAUUUAACCAUGGAGCACUAAACCAAAGUUGUACCGGUAUGAGAGUUAGAAUAGCGUGCUGUUCACUGGUAUACAGGAAGAUAUUGAAACUUAAUCACACCGGAAUAAAUAAGACAGGGCCUGGACAUGUAAUCAACUUGAUGUCCAAUGAUGUAAACCGAUUCGAUAUAGCUGUUAUUUAUCUACACUUUGUAUGGAUAGCGCCUAUAGUAGCAUCUUUCGUCUCAUACCUUGUUUGGAAGCUCGUAUCUUGGGCUACUCUAUCAGGCUUAGCAGUCAUGCUAUUGCAAUCUGUAGUUAUACAAGUUUAUUUAAGCAAAUUACAAGGAAGUUUGCGAGGAAAAAUUGCAAGACGUACUGAUGAAAGGGUGAAGGUGAUGAAUGAAGUUGUUAGUGGUAUACAAGUUAUCAAAAUGUACUCGUGGGAAACACCGUUCCAGAAGGUUGUUGAUAAUUUGCGCAAGCUUGAAGUAAAAUUUAUACUGCGCACAUCAAUGAUCAAAGGAUUCUCUUCAGCACUAGGCGUGUUCACAGAGCGGUUCAUACUGUACGCAACUUUGGUGACAUUCGUUUACAUUGGAGGUGACAUAUCUUCUGGUGUAACCUUCGCACUAGUGCAGUAUUUUAAUCUUUUGCAGCUCGCGUGCAAUAUCUUAUUUCCAACAGCUAUGUCUUUUUUCGCUGAAGCAAGGGUUUCUAUUAAACGACUUGAAGAAUUUUUAGCACUUGAUGAAGUAGAGGACCAUAAAGCUAUAAAUAAUGAAGUGGGUACAAACAGUUCGAAACAAAUGACAAAUAAUAGUAAUAACCACGAUAUGACAGUUUAUAAAGAGAAACACACACUUGAUGCCAGACUCAUCAUUUCUGAAGUGACGGCCAGUUGGGAAAAAGAUUCUAGUAGCACUUUAAAAGAUAUUUCGCUGUCUGCUGCACCUGGAGAGUUCAUUGGCAUUGCUGGACUAGUAGGGUCCGGAAAGUCGUCACUACUGCACCUGAUAUUGGGUGAGCUGGUGCCGUCUAAAGGCUCAGUGUCGCUGGGCGGCGCACGCGUCGCAUAUGCAAGCCAGGAGCCCUGGCUAUUUGUCGCCACUGUACGACAAAAUAUUCUCUUUGGACUACCUUAUGACCCCGUCAGAUACAAAAAGGUGGUGACGGCUUGUGCUUUGAUCCAAGACUUCAAACAGCUCCCGUCGGGUGAUUCAACACUAGUAGGCGAGCGUGGCGCCAGUCUCAGUGGAGGGCAGCGAGCGCGUAUUAGUCUCGCUAGAGCCUGCUACCGACAGGCAGAUAUAUACUUACUGGACGACCCAUUAUCAGCUGUGGACGCUCAUGUGAGCAAACACCUAAUGUCUGAAUGUUUGAUGGGGCUACUGCAGCACUCCACCCGCCUCCUCGUCACUCACCAACUGCACCACCUCAAGACCGCCGACAAAGUAGUUGUCCUUAACCAGGGUGCAAUUGACAGUCAAGGCAGCUUUGAAGAAGUAUCACGGUCGCCCUUCUUUACGGAGUUGAUGCAAGGAAUCACUGCAUCAGACGAAGCGCCAUCAUCGGAGCGACAACGCUCUACGUCUAUUAUUUCCAGCAUCAGCAAUAAAGAGACGUCGGAACAACUGGAUGAUACUGCCGACGAAGAUGCUCAGGAAACCGAUGAAAUGAUCAACAAAGGACGAGUGGCUGGAGCCGUAUACAAAAAAUACUUCUGCGCGGGCAAUGGUUGGGCUAUAUUGCUAUUCACUUUUAUAAUCAUCGUGUUGGCACAAGUUGUUACUUCAGCUGGUGACCUCUGGCUCACACAUUGGAUGAAUAACGUAGAAGAACUGAAGUCUUCCAAUGUCACUACUACAAGUGAUGAUUAUGACACAUCAACAGCGGUUGCCUAUGAUUAUACAGACUCAUCUAACUUAAUGACAGAUAACGAUACAUUCGCCACGAAUAUGACCAGUGUAUCUUAUUCUUCUCCUUCGAAUAUUAACCAUAAAAUGUACAUUAAUAUUUGGACCAUAUGUAUAUUCGGGUGCAUAGGCUUCACUGCUGGCAGAGCUUUUAUGUUUUUAUGGGUGUGUAUGCGUAGUUCUGUAAAACUACAUAAUCAAAUGUUUGGAAAUAUACUGGCAGCGACCAUGCGUUUUUUCGACGCCAAUCCAUCAGGUCGCAUCCUGAAUCGAUUCUCUAAGGACAUGGGGAUCAUGGACGAGAUCUUACCUCGGUUGAUAUUAGAUACUGUUCAGGUGUUCAUGGUGAUGACGGGUAUUCUAGUGAUGGUGGCCAUAGUGAAUCCCUAUAUGUUGCUAACAACAGUGAUCUGCGCUGUCUUCAUGUAUUUAUUGACGAUUUUCUACUUAACCUCCGCACAAUCAAUAAAAAGGGUAGAGGCUAUUACUCGUAGCCCUGUGUUCUCCCACGUGUCAGCGAGCAUGGCCGGUUUGACAACGGUGCGUGCGUGCGGCGCUCAGGGGAUGCUGCGGCAGCAGUUCGACGACAAGCAGGACGUGCACACAGCCGCCUGGUACUUAACAUUAACAACUAAUGCAGCUUUUUCAAUUUGGUUGAGCAUCGUGUCUGCUUCCUAUGUAAUUGUUGCCUCCUACAUAUUUCUUCUAAUGGAUGGCGAUGGAAAAUAUAAAUCUGGCAAUGUAGGCCUAGCUAUAAGUCAAGGGUUGAUUCUUGUAAAUAUGGUGCAACUCGGCAUAAAACAGGCAACGGAUGUGAUAUCGCAAAUGACGAGCGUGGAACGCGUGGUGCAGUUCACGUCGCUGCCACAGGAGCAGAAAGCGGGCUCUUUGCCACCUGCGGGCUGGCCACAAAAGGCCAGGGUUAUUUUUAAAGAUCUUUAUUUGAGAUAUGAUGAAGAAGCCGAACCCGUACUAAAGAAUUUAAAUGUCGUCAUUGAGAGCGGAUGGAAGGUAGGCGUAGUGGGACGCACGGGUGCCGGAAAGUCGUCCUUGAUAUCGGCUCUGUUCCGGCUUGCGCCCAUCGACGGACACGUCUACAUCGACGACAUCGACACCGGAGAGAUCACUCUCAAGGCACUUCGGUCAAAAAUAUCGAUUAUUCCUCAGGAACCAGUGCUCUUUUCUGCUUCUUUACGAUAUAACAUGGAUCCUUUUGAUCAAUACCAAGAUGCUGAUAUCUGGAAUGUAUUGGAGCAGGUUGAAUUGAAGAGCAGCAUUAGUUCGCUGUCUGUUAACGUGACUUCGGGCGGUACCAACUUCAGCGCGGGCCAGCGGCAGCUGCUGUGCCUGGCGCGCGCCGCGCUCGCGCGCAACAAGCUGCUCGUGCUUGAUGAGGCCACCGCCAACGUUGACCCUAACACUGAUGCCAUGAUACAGAGAUCCUUACGAAGAUACUUCACCAACUGCACGGUGAUCACUGUAGCGCACCGUCUACACACAAUAGCAGAUGCUGAUCGCGUCAUAGUGAUGGAAGCUGGUCAAAUAAUGGAGUGCGGACAUCCACACGAAUUACUACGCAACUCGGAGGGUCACUUUCACAGUAUGGUGAAACAACUUGGUCCCACCUCGGAACAAAAAGUGCGAGAUAUCGCAAGAAAUGCGUACACACGUCAUAACAAAAAUAACACACCCGAUAAUGGCGAGAGCUCAAAUAGAUGACUGCUGAAGUGAUAUUAUAAACACUUGAUAUUUGGCAACAUUUUAAUGUAGAUAUUUAAUAAUUUUAGUUGAAAAUAGUAUGUACGUAGUAGAGAUACGUAUUAGAUAAUAAAUAUACAGGGACCUUAUAUAAUUUAUUUAUUUAAAGACACAUAAGUAACUGAUAUAUAAUUAAUACGAAAGUGUCUAUGUAAUAUAAAAUACAUGUACAGUAAAGUAAGUCCAUUACUGAUAUGUACAAAAAUUAUAUUACGAAAUAUAAAUUAAUAGAAAAAAGCAAUUUAUUUUAGUAUGUAUGUAAAGG